UAUUGUUUCAUUUUGCAAUGGCGGAUUAUCCAUGGUUACCAAUAGGAUCGCAUGUAAAAUUCGUCUUCAAAAAUUCUUUCUAGAAAAUGUACACUGUCGAUUAACUAUACAGUCAGUUUGUAUUUCAGUAAAUAUUUUCUGCAUAAUUUACUGUGAGCUAUGUUUAUUUCAAUAGAGAAGUUUCACUUGUAACUUGUUUGUGCGAUGUAUGCUCAGUUGCUGCAUGUUACCUAAUCUGUGUGCGUUCCGAGAUUUUAAAAACCGAAUUGGACAGCCACCAGGAACUGUGAAUGAAUUGUAAAGUUAUGAAGUAUAACAUUAGCCCACGCAUGGAGCAUUUACGAAGGAAGAAUCGAUACUUACUGCAGCAAUUAGAAACAAAUUCGGAAUUGCUAGAAAAACGAUUAAAAGCUCUUCGCCAGGAAGCAAGAACACCUAGACCAUUGGAGAGGGUAAAACAUUUAUCAAGUGCUUCUCCCAAUAGGCGGAAAUAUGAUGCAUGGAAAACUAGAAAUAACUCAAAAAACAUUGCUUGUGUCCUUGGUAUGUCCAGAGAGCAACACACUGAAGGAAGUUCCGACGAAGAUUUUACUCAUGUAAGAAAGCAGGGAGCAAACAAGUCACAUGUCACGAAAUAUGCAACACCACCAUCAGCUAAGAAAAUUAGGCGACCUGUGCUUAUUGUCUCAUCAUAUAAGAAAAAGAAAUUAUGUCAGUCACAUGGGCGAAGCCCCAAAAAACACAAGAAACAGUCAGGCAGUGCCAAGAAAAGAGUGUUUAAACCUUGUCCUGAGUGUUACUGUCCAGGGAUAGUUCUGUCAGAUGAGAGUGAUUCUGAAAACCAUAACUGUUACAUCAGAAACAUUUUUUCUCAUAAAUGUUCUAAAAGCUGUCGAUGUAAAAUACCACAUUCCAGUAAAUUAGAGGCAAAGAAUGUUGGAAUGAACCACCCCAAGAAAUCCUAUGGGAGAAGAGUCCAAAAAGGCAAAUCAGUUGCAGAUAAAGAUCUUCAGUCAUUGUUAAAUGCUAGAGAUAUGAUAAAUUAUUCUCCUCAGUCAAUUUUCCUACGUAGGCUGCGGCGUCAAUCACAAUCUAUUAGAAAUGUGCUGUUUAAAGACACUGCAACCCAAACAAAGAAAGGUGGCAUUGUACACAGUGCAGAAACUUCAGAUGAGGAUGGAAGUAGUUCUCAAGAGAAUGUAAUUAAAGAAGAUGUUAAACUAAAGAAAUGCAAGUGCAGGAAUAAAUCUGAACAAUUGAUCGCUGGUUAUGGAUUAGAAACACCCUUAAGAAAGGAGCAUCCAGAUACUGUUAGUAAAAGGGUAAAAGUUCAUAAUUAUGGGGACCAGCUACGCAUUAAAGAUCUUGGCAAGUAUCGCCGGAUGCAUUGGUUUGACUGCCAUGCAGAAACCCCUGAUUUUUAUGCACGAAAUCCACGAUUGGCCUUCAAUCAUAAUUGUGUUCAUCGCUUUGUUGUGAACAGCCGCUACAGAGCAAAGCCAGUCCUAGAAGAUCAUGAAGGUCACAGUAGAUGUGAAAUAUGCUUGCUAUCAGAGCCACCCCAACCAAUAGCUGCAGAGGACUUUUCCAGUUAUAAAAAACCAAUUAUUACAUCACCUGUCCUAUUUACAGAAAGUAAUAGCUGUGGUUUUACAUCACGCCAAAAUAAUGACAAAGAAGGUGAGAAAGACUAUGGGGAAGUGGAUUACAUCACACCAAGCAACUUGUAUAGUGAAGCAUAUGGGGGAGAAAAGAAAAUAAAUAGUGCUAAGGAAGAGACAGAAAAGACAAAAAAUGCAGGACAGGGGAAUGAGUCUCGGCUUCGUGGUGGAAUGGACAUGGAUAUUGCUAGUGGACAAGUGGAUGUAAAUUUUGCGAGGAGGAAAAAGAUGCCCAGCCAUCCUAAAUCUGCAAAAGGUGUUGGAGACUGUGACAAAUCUCUUAAAACUCUGUUGGGGAGUGUCAGUGCUGGUGAAACUAGUUCUGAAUGUGCAUCAUUUUUUAACAGGCCGGUUGAAAAAAAUUGUAUGCGUGCUUCUCACAAAGAGCAGAAGGGUCCUAUGGUUAGGUUGGACAAAGUGCAAUCACAAGUACCAAAAUUAAAUAAGUCCAUAGUUUCUGUGACUGUACCACUUACCAAUGCUGGCAGUAAACGUUUAGGUCCAUUUCCUCCAAAAUCAAGGGUUUUUGCAGAUCCAGUAACUAUUGGUUCCGGACCACCAGUACAUGUUGUGAGGCCACCUGCACCAGUUAACUCAUUGGCACUUAGAUAUCAGAAAGGAGUGUGCUGAGAUACUUGCUGCUGCUGUGUAUAAUAGUAUUUGAUAUAGUAUAACAGACAUUAUAAAUCUUUCUUAUUAAGUAUAUUGUCACUAACUAAAUAGGCCAUUUUUAUUAUACAAAUCAAAUGUUUGCACAAACAUUUUACAUUGGCAAGAAAUUAUGGUAAGUCAGGAAAGUAUUUUGUCUGUAAAUUUUUUUAAAGAAAUUGUACUCUUCAUUUGUAUCAUAUUUCAGCCAUUAGUGCAAUGGCAUUCUACUAAUUGUGGAUAAAUAUUACAUAUUAUUUAAAUAAUGUAAUUGCUUGUCAAAAUGUUUUUUUUAAACAUUCCAUUUUCUAUACUAUGGACGUAAGCAGUACUGCAAAACAUUGAAAAAUUCAUCCAAUACAACAGUCUUCUAUAUACUUUAACUGUUAUUCACUAAUUUACUAAAGAUUUUGCAGCAGUGUCAGUUUUUAAUAAAACAGCAUUAUUAUUUCCAUUGUAACAAUGUUGACAUUGUUCCACUGUAGCUGUUGUAGAAUAAUUCAAACAAAAUCUAACAUAAGUAGUGCGGAAGUGCCACAAUCAAGCAGUGUUAACUGGAAGCAAAUUAACCUAUUGAGUGUAGAUGGGGAUUUCUGUGGAUUCAUUGCAGAUGGUAAGGACAGACAGUCUUGUGAACCAGUUCUGAACACAUUUUCUGAAAACUGUCUUUUGCAUAGAGACACACAAUGGAAAUAUUUUAGACCUAAUAGCUACAAACAGGCAUGACCUUACCGGCAGUGUCAGUAUAGAGAUGGUUUAGUGAUCAUGAUAUCGUCAUAACAAUAGUUAUUUUAUCACCAUCAUUGUGUUUUGACUCCAGUUUCGUGGGUGUGGUGUACAAGUGCUUGCCAUCUCCUUCUGUCUUCAUCCAUCUUCUGUUACAGGACAGCUUCCCAUUUAUGUCCUUUCUCCUCCAUAUCUGAUCUUACAGUCUGUAUCCAGUAUUUCCUUGGUCUUCCCAAUGGUCUUUUCCUACAAGGUUCAGGUUGAAAUACUUAUUGGCAGGUCUUUCGCUAUUCAUUCUCAUUAUGUGCCCAUACUACUGAAGCCUACAUUUUUUUUUAUGACACAGGUAACAGUAUCUUCAGUACCUGUUAUUCCUUUCACCACAUUCUUGAUUUUGUCCUAUCUAGUUAUUUGAUUCAUAGUUCUAAUGAAUCUCAUUUCUGCUGCCUGAAUUUUGCUGAAGGCUGUGUUUAGUAGGAUCUGUGUAUCUAAGCCAUAUGUAGGCAUUGGUACAAAAUGAAUUUGGUACACAGUCACUUUUGCUUUUUGUGGCAUUUUAUCAUCCCAGAGAAGAUUUCUGAUUUGACUGAAAAUUGGAUGCUUUCUGUAUCCUGCUGAGUACUUCCUGGUGAUGGCUUUUGUGAUCAAAAUGUGAAAAAGAUUCUACCUUGACUCCUCCUAGACAUGUAUUUGAGAUUGUUCCUUGUCUGUUGAUGCUCAUUUCUAGUAUCUUUGUUUUGUUUAUUUGUAGUCCGAAAGUUUUGAAAGUGGUGUUCCAGUCAUUAAGUUGCUUCUGUGCUUCAGCUUCUCUCUCCUCAUGCUAUCAAAUCAUCAGCAAAAACCAGUGCAUUUGGUUCGCUGUCUAUUUGUUGAUAAUGAUCUUGUCCAUUGCUAUUAUAAACUGGAGUGGUGAUAGACACUUCCUUGUUGGACACUUCUUUGUUUCAGACCAUUCUAAUCAUCUGUUGCCUAUCUAGACACAGCUGUAACACUUUGGGUAUAGCAUCUUGACUUAAACAGUUAGGUACCUUGGCACCUUUAGGUCGUUCAAACAUUCCCAUAUCUCAAGUCAACUAAUACAAUCACAGGAUUUCUUCCAUAUUCCCAGUACUUCUGUCAGCAUUCAUACUGCAAAAAUAAGAUCCACAGUACCAUGGUCUUUCCUGAAUCCAUGUUGUUCUUCCUCAAGCAAAGGUUCUAUUAUCUUUCCAAGUCUCAUUUAUAUGAUCUUUUCUGACUGCUUUAGGGUAUGUGACAGCAGCAUGAUGCCUCUGUAACUUCCACAUUUUUGUCUAUUGCCCUUUUUGAGCAGAGGGAGAAUGAUCUCCUUUACUCCAAUCUUGUGGGUGUUUGUUUUGUUCCCAAAUCACUCUGUAUAGCCAAUUUAAGCAUAUAUUCCAGCUUCCUUGUUCAUAUCUGAUCUGAGAUCAUCAAACUCUGUCGACUUUACAUUACACAUACUCUUUAAUGCUGUUUCUACCUCAUACCGUGUUAAUGGGCGUCUGUUGAUUUGGACUUCAUUAAUUACUCUAUAGUUGUUGAUGGUUGUGUUGUUACCAUCUCCAUUUAACAGCAUGUUGAAGUACUUUUUCAUUUCAACCCCAACCUCUCCAUUUGUUCAUAUUAAGUUACUGUCAUCUGUUUCCAGUGCAAGGAUAUUUACAGAUUCAUUUUGUUAACUCUAUAGUACUUUGUAUAGUAAUUUCCUACUUCCCUGACAGUCUUUUUACAACUAGUUUCUUUCUCUGGUAUUCCUGUGCAAGAUGCUUAUUCAUUUUGGCUGUCAUCUGUUUUUGUUUCUCAUGGUCUAAUUUUCUUUCAGUAUGUUCCUAUCUUUUUCUGUUGUCUUCACCUGAUCUUUCACGAAGAUGUUUCCUUCUCUUAUGAUGUGGCACUCAUUUUUUUCCGUUUACUCCAACUUUCUCAGUUUUGGGUAAUUUGGCUAUUAUUCUUGCUUCAUAGUUUCUUUUCUUUUCCAUGCCUUCAACAGCCACAUCUUAAUCUUUGGCAUUCUCUUUUGUUUAAAUUUUGGCACUUGAACAUUUUCGGUCAGCAAUUAAUAGCCAGUGGUCGCCAUCUAGGCCUCACUGAGUAUGACGUUAACAUCUGUAACGUACGACCACUUUUUCUAUCAGUGAUGAUGAAGUCUAUUGGCCUGUAACUCACUAUUCCAGCUGUAUCCCAUUACAGGUAAGUUGUUUUGCACACAGAAAUCAAUUAGGUUAUCUCCUUCUCUGUUAUUUUUUCUUACAGUUCAUUAAGAAAAAUGCUCUUUCUGCUCCAUGGUACAUCCUAUCUGUGAUGCAUAUACUUGCAAAACAGCACGCUGCUUAUUACCAGCCCUUAGUCUCAUCUGAAUGAUCCUGUCACUCACAUAUUUGACAUUUGUCUGUAUGUCUAUAUCUUUAUGGAGGGUGAGGCUGGCUCCAUGUUUUAAGUCACUGUUGUUACUACUCCAGUACAGCAGACAUCUGAUUCUCAGUUAUUUCUUCCCACAGCUUUAUUACUAGUUCUUCACAUUUGUUGGUGCGAAUGAGCAUAUUGAGUGUACCAAUUUUCAGUCAUUCCUUUUUGGGAGGGUUUUGGGUCUUUCGGUAUCUUUAAUGAGCAACAGGCAUUUUUUCGUCAUUAGUUCAAGUAGUAUUAGAAGAACUGUCACGUAUUUUGUUUAAUUCAUUCUUCCAUCUGAGGCUUGGUUUAGGUAUGAAAGCAGUAUAUAUUUGCUCAGCAGUUGACAAAGCAUAACUCAGAUGAGGAUUUUCUUUCAGGGUUUCUUCCCUUAGGCUUUGAAGACCCCUCUUCUCCACGAGGCAGUGGUGUCCUCUUCUAAUUAUCCCCAGGGAGUAUGGGUUGCCUCAUCAGCCAUUCUGAAAGUGUCUUUCUCUGCCAGACGUGCCAUUAAGGUUUUUGCCCAUAACCAUGGGCAUGGCUUCCACAUUAUGCCCCUUGGCACUGGGUCCCUACCUGAACUUAGACAUCAUUUCACUCCGGCCUACUAAUGUGGGGGAUGCCCAACACUUCAGUGUGGAUGCACUACACAAGAAUUAUCCUAGUGGAUGAUUGGGAAAGUGGUCCUGUCUACCUUGAGCUGCAUUAAUGGUUCUGUAGAAUGCCACCAAUCUAAGGUUGUGGUUACUGAAAUCAAUAAAUCCAUCAAGAAGACUAGGAGAGAUUUUAUUCAGGAAAGAGCAAAUUAGCAGCCAUUCGCAUUGUUCUUAAUUCCAGUAUGAUGGCCAUAGAGAAAGUAUAGGCAAUGUUUAAACUGGUUUUAAAACCUUCUGUGGAGAAAUAUGUGCCAAAUAAGUGGAUUAAUGGAAAAGAUCCAACAUGGUUUAAGAACAAAAUUCAGACAAUACUGAAGAAAGAGAGAUUGUUGCAUUCUAGGUUCAAAAAAUAACUCAGAAAUGUCAUCAGGGAAAAGUUGGUACACAUUUGUGUGUUUAUAAAAAGACUGAUUCGCGAAGCAGACAACUUCCACUGCAUAUGCUAGGGAAGGAUCUCGUUGAGAAACCAAGAAAAUUAAGGACCUAAGUAAAAUUUGCUCAGUGGAUUGAAGGUUUCAAUUCAGUCACUCAUUGACCAGUCUGGUUUGACAACAGAAUAUAGCCAAAGUAAAUUUGUAGUUUUAAUUUUCACAUUCAAAAUAUCAUCCACAUAGGAGGGGCAUUAAUUUUCACAUUGAAAAUAUCAUUCAUGCAGGAAGAUUGUACAUACAUGCUACCAUUGGACUGUUAUACAGACUCUUGUAUGGAAGAGACAGAAAUAGGCAUUGCUGCCAUUGAGAAGCAACUGAAUGAAAGAUUCUUCUUCGGCAUGGACCACUUACUUAGCUUUCACUUGCACAAAUCUUUCACCAAGUGCAAAGUCCCAACUGACUGGAAGAAAAGCACAGUUGCCUCAUGUAUAUAACAAGGAUAAAAGAACUAUCUGACAAAAUUAGAGACUAAUAUCCUUAACAUUCAUUUGCUGCAUAAUUCUUGAACACAUUCUCAUUUCGAAUAUAAAGCAUUUCUUUGAGUCAGAUAUGCUUCUGUCCACAAAUAAGCGUAGUUUGAGAAAGCAUUAGUCAUCUUUUCUCACAGGAGAUCCUGUUGCAAACCAUGGAUGACUGGCAACAGGAGGCAGAUUCCAUAUUGCUAGAUUUCCAAAAAACAUAUGAUAUGAUGCCCCACUGCAAACUUAAGGAAGGUAUGAGAAUAUGGAAUAGGUUCCCAGAUAUGUGAGUGACUUGAAAACUUCCUAAGUAAUAGAAACCGGUACAUUUGCUUCGGCCGUGGGUGGUCGUAGAAGACAAGGGUACUGUUAGGAGUGCCCAGGGAAGAGUGAUAGGACCACUUUUAUUGUCUGCGUACAUAAAUGGCCUGGAGGGCAGGAUGAGCACCAAUUUAUAGCUCUUUGCUGAUGAAACUGCGGUCUAUGGGAAGGUGUCAUCGUUGAAUGGCUCUAAGAGUAUAAAAAUGUUUUUGACAAAAUUUCUAAUCGGUGCGAUGAGUGGUAGCUUGCCCUAAAUGUAGAAAAAUGGGAGUUAAUGCAGCUGAGUAGGGAAAAGAACCCUCUAAUGUUUGGAUAUAACAUGAGGAGGGUGCAGUUUAACUCAGUCACAUCGAUUAAAUCUAUGCGUAAUGUUGCAAAGUGAUAUGAAAUGGAAUGAGCACAUCAGGUUGUUGUAGGUAAGGUGAAUGCUCAGCUUUGUUUUAUUGGGAGAAUUUUGGGAAAAUGUAGCUCAUACAUCAAGGAAACGGCAUUCUAUAAUGGUAGUAUAACCUAUUCUUGAGUACCGUUAGUGCUUGGGAUCCCCACCAGGUUGAAUUAAAGGAAAACAUCAGAAUGAUUCUGUGAUGUUCUGCUUGAUUUGUUAUCGGUAGGUUCAAUCAGCACACACAUAUAAUGGAGACACUUCAUGAACUCAAAUGGGAAUUCCUGGAGCAAGAUGAUGCUCUUUUUGCAAGGCACUGUUGUGGGAAUUUAGAGAAACAGCGUUUGAGACCAGCUGCAGAACGAUUCUACUGCUGCCAAUAAAUGUUUUGUGUAAAGUCCAUGAGGAUAAAAAUUGAGGCUCCUACAGAGGCUUCUCAUCAGUCAUUUACCCUUGCUCUAUUUGCGAGAGGAACAGGAAAGGAAAUAACUAGUAAUGCUACAAGGUAUCCUCUGCCAUGCACUGUAUGAUGGUUUGUGGAGCGUGUAUGCAUGUGCAGAUGAAGAUAUUUUUAAGGUAAAAGUUAGCACACCUAACAACUGAAUGACAGAUCAUGCAUGGAGUGGAACACUUCAUAACAAAACCCCACUCGGUUCACUUCAAACAGUUGGAUGCCUGUCCACAGUCCUCACCAUUAGUGCUUUGUUUUACUAAAUCUCACUGUUAAAAGACAGCACUUUGCACACAUUCAAAUUUGCAUUAUCACUUUGGUCAAAUGAUUUUACAAUUUGAAGAGCAUAACUGUGCAUUUCCUUGUUUGUGUUAAGUUAAUUUUGUAAUGUAUAAAGACACUGUGAAAUAAAAUUAUGAGCAGUUUCUCACAAAUAAGUACAAUUUAGAAACAACAAUGGCUAACCUGAGCAAAAUAAGAAGCCUUCAUUCCUACUCCUACUUCUAACUCGUAAGUGUUGAAGAAGAGCAGGAGUGAUUGUGUGGCUCUUGAUGUGCCGAAGCAGUCUUGUUCCUUUAUGAGCUGCUUUAUUCACAAAUAGUUUUCAUCAACAAGAACAAACAAAAGAACCCUAAAAUCCUUCUUACAAUUGUAACAGCUGCUUCCUCAGUUGCACAGGUGCUGCAGAACCAUAUAUUUGCCGCCCAAAGCCAUUGAACAGUGCAGGAAAUUCCAGCUCAGUUCAAAAUCUCCCACUACAUUCAACCACUCCUGUCUAUAAUUUGGAGGCUGUUGUUAAACCUACAAGAAACUCAAAAAUAAAACUAAGCACUUCAGACAAAAUAAACUCCAUCCCCACCACACCCAAAAAAGGCUGCCAUGCACAAACAAAAACAUACUACUGAAAAUGGAAAGAAAUGUGUUAUCCCGUAAGUGCUACCAUUCCAUAUUCCUCUACAGUGUUAAAUAUUCAAAUAUUCUUGGACUCUUGACUAAGAUUUAAACAUCAAAUAAGUGUUUUGCUUUUCAGAGAAAGACACAUUCAGAGGUCAACAACUUGGCUUGAUAUAGUUUUCCAGAUAUUUGAACAGAGCUUGGAUUGUGACAGAUUUUUAUACUUGAACUAUAACUUCAAACUGAGGUAACUAUUCCCGUAGCAAGAAUUCAAAGUGUCAAGCUAAUCUUGUUGCUAGUGGUAUAGUGUCUUCGUAUUUUCCUUUACUAUCAGUGGUCCAAAAGAAUGAAGUAUUGCCUUGAAAUCAUGAACGAACACAAUUAUGAAACAGAAUACUCCUUGCCAUCAUUCUCUCUCACAGGGUUCACACGUGUUCCACAAAAGGUAUUAGUUCGCCCAGUGUUGCACUUCUUUCUGUGAUUUCAUCUUGGCUUCAAAAUUUACUGCUGUGGUGACAGUUGUUUCUAGUAAUGUGGACAGCUUGAUCACUGGAACAGUGAGUGUAGUUCUAUCUACGUGUAAAUGAAGUGACACAUAUUGAACAAUACGAAUGGAGCUACACACGUGCCUGGCAAACUAGGACAUGGCAAACAGGUACAAGGUACACAAGUGUAAAUGCAUAUUUAGGAGAGUAAACCAUGAUAGGACUAUUCUACCUGGUUUGGAAGAUAAAUGUGACAGGUUAACUCUCUCCUACUUCAAGAAGAAUGUAAUAAUUCCAGUUACAAAGAAGCAUGUGUAAUUAUUACCAUACCAUCAUUUUAGUAAUUCAAGGUGAUAAAAUGGCAUGAGUUAUUUGCAAAUUAAUAGAGAAUUUUGUGGAAGAUAACCUUUGGGAAGUUCAGUUUGGAUUUCAAGAGAAAUGUAGAAAUAUACAAGGCAAUACUGACCGUAAGACUGGACUUAGAAAAUGAAAGCAUUUUUAGAUCUCAAAUGAGUGACAAUGUUGACUGGAACACACUCUUUGAAAUUAUGAAUAUAGCAAGGAUAAAAUACAAGGAGCCAAAAGUGAUCUACCACUUCUACAGGAACCAGACUGUAGUUGUAAGAGUCAAAGAUUAUGAAAAGGAGACCGUUGAGAAGGGACUGAGGCAAAUCUGUUGCCUCUUCUUGAUGUUAUUCAAUGUGUACAUGAGCAAUCAAUAAUGAAAGUCAAGAAGCAGCUUGGAAAAGGAAUUAAAGUCCAGGGAGAAGAAACAAAAACUUAGAAUGUUUGCUGACAAAGACCACUGUAAUUCUGUCAGAGGUGCAGUUGUGGGGAGUGGAUAGUGUCUGAAAAAUAUGUUUUAAGGAGCACAUCAACAAGAGUAAAACGAGGUUAAAGUAAUGCAGUUGAAUUAAAUCGGGGAUGCUAAGGAAAUUGGAUACGGAAAUGAAACACAAAAAGUAGCAGAUGAAUUUUACUAUUUUGGCAGCAAAAUAACUGAUGCAUUGGUGAAGGUAUAGGAGGAAAAAAAUACAUCAUCAAAUUUCUGUGUUUAUGUAGACUUUCCCAGCGUAUUAGUAUAUAAAAUUCUUCUCGGGUUUCCAGCCAGAUCAAACUGCCAUCUGAGCACAAUAUUUCAGCGGUCCACCUGGCCGCUAUCAUCAGGUGAGAAAAGCUAUGCUGCUCUCGCCAAUAACUGAUCCCACUCGCAAAUGACUGCACCUUUAUAUGCAUCGGAAGUACAAACAAGCACGCGCUAGAUACAGUACGCAUGUGCUCAAUCAUUCCUGCUGCCCCCCUGGCGCAAAAAAAAGUUGCAGCACUGCCUCCGGUGGUGAAUACUUAGAUGUUAAACUCUAGAGCCCCCUAUAACUGGCUGGAUAAGUCAUAUCAAAAGUUGGAGGAAAGCAAGGUCAUACCACUUCCAAUACAAUAUCCCCCGUCAUGUUGAGACUUAUGGCUGAGGACAGCAUUUAAACGUAGAUUGAGUAUUCACAAAUAUUUCAUACCAAUUUAAAAAUUGUUAAUUAUUGAUGCACUUUCAAGGAACUGUGUGGUGGAUAUCGAUCUUGGUGAAGUGUAUUCUCUCUGAUUUUCAGAGAUCUUUGGACCAGUCAGAUGUUAACUUGUCUUUAAAGUCAUGUUUCUCUUGUACAAAUUUGGUGUACACUGUCUUGUGUUAAUAAUAAAUCACACACAAU